GGUUGCAAGAAGACCCUCCUGUGGGUGUCAGUGGUGCACCAUCUGAGAAUAACAUCAUGCAAUGGAAUGCAGUUAUAUUUGGGCCAGAAGGGACACCUUUUGAAGAUGGUACUUUUAAACUAGUAAUAGAAUUUUCUGAAGAAUAUCCAAAUAAGCCUCCAACUGUUAGGUUUUUAUCAAAAAUGUUCCAUCCAAAUGUGUAUGCAGAUGGCAGCAUAUGUUUAGAUAUCCUUCAGAAUCGCUGGAGUCCAACAUACGACGUCUCGUCUAUUUUAACUUCAAUUCAGUCUCUGCUUGAUGAACCCAAUCCAAACAGUCCAGCAAACAGCCAGGCAGCACAACUUUACCAGGAGAACAAACGUGAAUAUGAGAAAAGAGUUUCAGCUAUUGUGGAACAAAGUUGGAAUGAUUCGUAACAGCUGCUGUGUUCCUCUCCAUCCUCAUUAUCAUUAUGUACAAUUUAACUCUCAGUAGAAAGGCUACCAGAAGUUUCAAGUGCCACAGAUCAAUGAAUUUGCGUAUAAAAACUCAUUUGCAAACAAAAUUAAGCCCUCCAGUUUAGGAAAGCUAAAAGCUUGUGUAUCUCUAUUAACGUCCUUUUUAUUGCAUGGUAUGAACUAAGUUAUUGCUACGUAAAUUUGUAAUAUAUCCUGUUUGUAUUUUUUUCCAAGUGUAUAAUGUUGGUGUGGAGUUUUCAUGACAGAAUAUACACAUUUUGUAAAUCUGUACUUUUUCAAAUAUUGAAUGCCUUAUUUUUGAAUUCUUUAGAUUUUUAAAUUGGAGAAAAAGCACUUAAAGUUUUUAUAUAUAAAUAUUUCAUGUAAAACUGUUAAAUACAUAACCUUAGUGCAAGACA